UCCGACCCCUUUUAUCUGCUACUUUUACUGGCUAAUUAAAUAGUCACUUGCGGCUUUAAGACAAGUACUAUCUCAGACUACUCGCUGUCCUCGAAGAUAUCUAUAACCUCUUAAUCCCCUAUCUUUUGAACGUACCUACUACACAACUUGUAUUAUUGAAAUUCGGCCCAAUGUCAACAUCAUCUGAGUACGCUGGUUGGCGGCUGGUGGUUUUCAUCAGUAUGUUCACGCCGUUACAGACCGCUGCCGUGGGCCUCCGCUUCUACGCACGUUCUCUUACUAGAAGUUCUUAUGGCCUUGAUGACUGGCUGGUCAGCGGAGCCCUCCUGGGCCAGUUUAUUGCAACAGGUCUUGCUAUCGGAAGUGUUAGACAAGGCGCAGUUGGAUACCAUGCUGGUUAUCUCGAAAUAACAAACCCUGAACUUAUCACUGUUUUCUUGAAGUAUCUGGUCGCUAUUUCGGCCUGGUACUUUGCGACUAUUUGGCCAUCCAAGCUUGCAAUCUGCGUGCUGUACCGACGCUUGUUUCCUCAGCGUAUUGUGUUGGUAAUACUCUGCGUUACGGCUGGCAUCUUCAUCUGUACCAGCAUAGUGAGUCUUAUCGUGGAUCUAGCUGCUUGUCGGCCAUUUGCAGCUCAAUGGGCUUCAGCAUCCGUACAAGCGACCCAGUGCCUCAACAAGGAGUCUCUGUUCAUCUGGAGCUCAUUGCCGAAUAUAAUAACAGAUGCCAUCAUGCUCUCAGUCCCGCUUCCGAUUGUCUGGCGGUUGCACGCGUCAACGCAUCUGAAGGCAGCUUUAACAGUUACGUUCGCGGUUGGAAGCAUCGGUCUAAUUGCGUCUAUUCUACGAUUUAAAGCGUUCCAUAGUACUAAUUCUUUCACCGAUGCCACGUAUAAUGCGGUAGAACUCAUCAUUUGGACAAUCGCCGAGCCUGGUAUCUAUCUCAUUUCAGCAUGCAUGCUUGUCUAUCGACCGGUACUGGAGAAAUUGUAUGCUAGAUAUUCUCGGAGUAGAGGCAAGCUGACAAGUGCAUCAACGGGGCAAGGAGCACAAGCCAGUGGCGAUUCCUACAAGUUAGGGCGGAUAAUGGACAAGAGUACAGACACCAGGGUGUCGAGACGGACUAAUGGAUUCGAGCGGCUCUGGGAGGAUGAAAAUGAUAGCCAAAUCAUCUCACGCGCCGAUUGCCAGUUGCCUCAGCCUGUGUACUCAACAAGCAAUCAGCGGGUUGAUGAGCAGUCAAAUGGCAUCACUCGGACUACGGUCAUUCAUCAAUCCUGGAAUUAGUAUGCGGCUAGGCAAUUAAUAUCGCCAUGCAUAGAGCCUUUUUGAUUAACAGCAUGAUUACGUGAUGGUAGCUUGAGAUAUCUGGGAAAUGGUCGCG